UUGGGGUCCUGACUGGAGGCUCGGCGCCAGUCUCCGGCUGUGGUCGAAGCUCAAGUGAAUUCGUGGAGAAAUAAACCGAGAUAUUGAUUAAAUUCAAGUGUUUAGGAAACUUUGGAUCGUCCGUGGUGCAGCGAUGAAUCUGGAACUUCUCGAAUCGUUUGGGCAGAACUACCCAGAGGAGGCAGAUGGCACCCUGGACUGCAUCAGUAUGGCCCUCACCUGCACCUUCAACCGGUGGGGCACCCUGCUGGCGGUGGGCUGCAAUGAUGGCCGCAUUGUCAUCUGGGACUUUCUCACGCGGGGAAUUGCUAAAAUCAUCAGUGCACAUAUUCACCCAGUCUGCUCCUUAUGCUGGAGUCGAGACGGACACAAGCUGGUGAGCGCCUCCACAGACAACAUUGUCUCACAGUGGGACGUCCUGACUGGAGACUGUGACCAGAGAUUCCGUUUCCCUUCACCCAUCCUGAAACUGCAGUGCCACCCCAGAGACAUGGACAAGGUGCUGGUGUGUCCCAUGAAGUCAGCCCCGGUCCUACUGACUCUGUCAGACUCCAAACACGUUGUCCUGCCUGUGGAUGAUGACUCAGACCUGAAUGUGGUGGCAGCCUUUGACCGACGGGGCGAGUUCAUCUACACAGGCAACGCCAAAGGAAAGAUUCUCGUGUUGAACACAAACACUCAGGAGCUGGUAGCGUCUUUCAGAGUGACCACUGGCACCAGUAACACGACGGCCAUCAAAUCCAUCGAAUUUGCAAGGAAGGGCAGUUGCUUCCUCAUAAACACAGCAGACAGGAUCAUCAGAGUGUACGACGGCAGGGAAAUAAUGACGUGUGGUCUAGACGGUGAACCUGAGCCAAUGCAGAAACUACAGGAUCUGGUCAACAGGACGCCGUGGAAGCGCUGCUGUUUCUCCGGGGAUGGUGAGUACAUUGUGGCCGGUUCAGCCAGGCAGCACGCCCUCUACAUCUGGGAGAAGAGCAUUGGCAACCUGGUGAAGAUCCUGCAUGGAACCAGAGGAGAGCUGCUGCUGGAUGUCGCUUGGCAUCCUGUACGUCCCAUUAUCGCCUCCAUCUCUAGUGGAGUGGUUUCCAUCUGGGCUCAGAAUCAAGUGGAAAACUGGAGCGCCUUUGCUCCCGACUUCAAAGAACUGGAUGAGAACGUGGAGUACGAGGAGCGAGAGUCUGAGUUUGACAUCGAGGAUGAAGACAAGAGUGAACCAGAGCAGACAGGUGCAGACGCUGCAGAGGAUGAAGAGGUGGAUGUCACCACCGUUGACCCCAUAGUUGCUUUUUGCAGCAGUGAUGAGGAGCUGGAGGACUAUAAGGCUCUGCUGUACCUGCCCAUCGCCCCUGAAGUCGAGGAUCCUGAAGAAAACCCCUUCGGCCCCCCCCCAGACUCCUCGGUCCAGUCUACUGCUCCAGAGGAGGCGUUGGCCGUCGGCGACAAGAAGCAGCGGCAGCCUUCAUCCGAGGGCCCGGCCAAAAAGAAAGCCCGCACUACCACCAUCGAACUGCAGGGGGUGCCAAGUGACGAGGUGCACCCCCUGCUGGGCGUGAAAGGGGAUGGCAAGUCCAAGAAGAAGACAGCGGGUCGGCCCAAAGGCUCCAAAGGUAAAGACAAAGACUUCACCUUCAGACCGAAGCCCUACAGGGGCGAACGGCCCUCCUUCCCCGUGGAAGCCUUGGGCAGCUCUGGCCCGGGAGUUGGAGUUGGCGGAGGAAUAGGGAUGAAGGGCAGGGCAGAGGGGGGCCUGGCCCCAGGGACUCUGGUCUCACAGUCGUACAAACAGCACGACAUCGGAGGGAUGGACUGAUCGUGGCUGGGAACACUUGUGGAGGAAAAACCAAUAGGCUCAGACAAAGACACAAAUCCUGAUGUCAUGUACAGACUGUGCGCGAGCAGCCUGUUUGGUGUACAGACUGUUUCCUCUCACAACCACAGGGAAACUCCUCACGCAGGAGGCGACAGAGAGGGCGAGAAGCAGCCGAGUCGCCACAGUAGAUUUCACAUGUCCUCUGUCUCUGUAGAUUCCCUCAUGUAUAGAACGCCUGCGUCCUGAUAGCGUGUGUGUGUGAGUGUAUGUUGUCGCUCUCGUUGUUUUUUUACGUAUUAAAACAUUCUGAUUUAUAAGUAAA